ACUUCGGCAGGGAGCGGACUGCACUCUUGGAUUACACUCACACCCCUCACAGGGAGCACCGUUCGCCUUCAGAGCCUCAUCCGGGACGGCAACAUGGGGAGCAGCAUGUCUUGUGUCCCGCAGCACAACUUCAGGUUCUCCAGCAAGAGCUUCAUCCGCAGGAACAGCAGUCGCCUCUUUCGCAAGAAAAACCCCCAGGAGGGACAUCAGAAGUCAAACAGCAUCAUCAAUAUCUUGUGUACCGUCACCCCGAGCAAGGAAAUGUCUCAUAAAGACCUGGAGACGAUAGGGAAAAUAAAAUGGGAACCGCCGUUCCCGUACGACCCGGCCAGCGGCUGGAAGAAGAGCAGCAUCAACGUGAAGAAUUACGGCCGCAUGAUUCACAGCUCCAAAGUUCGCUUCCGCUUCGUCCACUGCCAGGAUAUACACGAUUGCUACCUGGACCUCUUCCAGACACACCUUCACUUCGUCUCCAACAACACAACCGGACUGACUUACCAGGGGACGCUACCGCUGAAGGAGCUCACCAUCUGCAACCUGCAGCAGAACUGCAAUCACAGCCAACCCGAGGAAUUCGCCUUCCAAAUAAACGGUGUGAGUCUCAACCCCAUCAUCGUCUACUGCGCCAGCCAAGAGGAAAUGGAUUUAUGGUUCGGGCUGCUCAAGGAAAACAUUGAGGCCAAUGGAGGCACGGCCAUCGCGCCUGAAAACUACACAAGAAUCAGGGGACACAAGGCGGAGAGUCCCGAAGGAAGAGACGAGCUGAGGAACUCCAUCAACCGGGAGCACAUCUACGAAUGGGAAGGCUCUCAGCGGGACAGCCUGGGCACCAUCACCUACGUCACCAAAGUGCGCCUGCAGCACCUGCCGUGUCAGGAGCAGAGCGACAGACUGCUGGUGAUGUACCCGGCUACUCUGAUCAUUCUGUCAGAAGAGAACGACGGACUCUUCUACAAGGGAAAACUUCCGCUCAACAUGAUCACAGUGACCACUCCCUGCCAAGACGUCAAGCCCAACACCUUCAUGAUCGAAGGGAAGCUGAUCAACCCCAUCGUGGUGUCCUGUCUGGAUCGGGCCGAGUUCUGCGAGUGGAUCGAGAGCUUUAAAGCCGCUGACGUGCCGGUCCUCAGCCCGCCGCCCCCCGUCUAUGAUAUCAUCUACACGCCGACCAGCACGGAGGCUCAGUUUGACAGGUGGAGUGGAAACAGCCAGGGACGGAUCGAACCCCGCGGCGGCCGCACGUCCCAGAACCUCCAGUUCCCCAUUCAUGAAGAAAACCCCCUCUCCCCGGGAUACUCCGAGCCCCUCCCCUACAGCUCCAGCCGUCCCUCUUCCACCGAGACCGCCCGGCUGGGCAGCAGAACCAACAGCAUGUCCUCCCACACCAGGCCCGACCUCCGACCUCUGUCCACGCGCUACUCGUCCCCGCAGCGCGGCUCCUACCUCCAGGCCGUGGAGAGCGCGGCGCUGUCCCAGAUCUACAGCACGCCGUACUGCGGCCUGCAGCGGCUCGACAAGGCGCCGCUCGUCAAGUCUAACAGCUGGAGCACUCCGCAGACGUCCCUGAACUACCCCCUGAGCGCCCCCCAGCGCCACUCCGACAUGUGCGCCCCGCGCCAGCCCCUGUCGCCGCUGUACGACGAGCCCUGCACCCCAGAUAUCUACUCGGUGGAUGAAGUCGGGCCGGCGAUGUGGAACGAGCCGACUCAGCAGUGCCGCCAGCAGCUGCUGCCCUCCUCCUUCCAGCUCUGCACGCCCCCGACGGGCCGGCGCUGCCGGAGGAGCCUGGUCCUGACCAACUCCCAGGGCCAGGCGCUGGGCCUGGAGGCGGAGACCCAGCAGAGGGCGGAGGCCGUGUCCCGGCUGAAGCUGCUGCCGCCGCCCGGCCGGCUUCAGGAGCAGAUAAAUCCCCCGUCCAGCUCUGCGAGGAACGCCGCUCAGACGCCGUACAGUUACUCACCAGGCCGCCACUCGUACCUCGAGCCCACGGAGCCAGAUGACCAGGAAGUGGACUAUGACAACAUAUGGGAGUACGACCGCGACACGGGGAUGAUUCAGCCGGCGUCUGGAAUCUCCACACACUGGACGGGAUUAGACUUCGGGGCCAGGGGCCUCGGCGCCAUGGCAACCCCGCAGAGGUGGUCGUAAAGCCGAACAAUGGGCCCGGCGCUCGUCUGGACGUGUGCAAACAGCAGAUCGCUAUCGGAGGGAUCAUAAAAGCCAACAAGCAGCGACCGAGCUGCUGCUGCUGGAGCUGCUGGAGCUGCUGCUCCUGCACGAGCCAACAAACACCAGCAGCGAAGAGACAAUCCGUUUUAUAUGUAGCAUUCAGGAAGAGAAGAUUGGUUUUAUAUUUAAAUGUCCUGUUUUUCUAAAAGCUUUUUCUAACGCUCUGUCCAUCUGACCUGUUUUUCUAACUGGAUCUAUAAAAAGCAUUCCACUUGCUGGGCUUGUUAUAGUAACAAAUACGUGUAUAUUCCUGUAAAUGUUGUACAUUUAUUAUUUUAUUAAUGCUGCACACGGGGUGUGGCUUCUUCACCUGUCUGGAUCGUGUUACCGGGCAGUAUUGAUCCCAGUGUGGCUUCUUUCAGUUUGUUUUUUCAGUUCUGUGUUUGAGGUGUUUAUUUAUAUUUGGAUAAUAAAAUUUAAAAUAUCUCAG